CCAUUGAAAUGUGGUUAUAAAUACAAGCGAGUCUGUCAUUUGGGGGUGGCCGGUGGCUUGUGCACUUCUACCUACAGCACUCCGGCCAAACAUAUCUACCUCACCCAUCAAGAAAUUAAUAUUGAUUCAUUCUUAUUUGGAUUUACCACCAGCCCAAGCAAAGCAGAGUCGUUGAAUUAAGACGAGCUGCUUCGAAGCGAAGCGAUUUUCUGUACGAUGGAUCUGAUGUGUUGUGAGAGCGACACGAAUCCAAGGGCCUACGAAGAUCCCGUUUUAAUCAAAGACAAGAGAGUGUUGAAGAAUUUGCUUGAUACUGAGGAUAGAUAUGUACCCCACAUAUCCUACUUUACUUGUGUGCAGACGGACAUUCGACCAUCUAUGCGGAAAAUGGUAUCCCAGUGGAUGUCGGAGGUUUGUGAAGAACAGCAGUGCGAAGAGGAAGUGUUUCCAUUAGCUAUGAAUUACUUGGACAGAUUUUUGUGCGUGAAGGAUACUCACAGGACUAGUCUCCAGCUAUUAGGAAGUGCGUGUAUGUUCCUUGCUUCCAAGCUGAAGGAAACGAACCCAUUGACUGCAGAGAAAUUGGUCAUAUACACUGACAAUUCGAUUGGUCUCCAAUCAUUAAUGGAUAUGGAACUGCAAGUUCUUUAUCAUCUGAAAUGGGACUUAUCAGCGGUGACACCACACGACUUCCUGGACCAGCUUCUCUCCCGACUCAUUCCCGACAAGGAAAAAUCGGGAAUCAUCAAGAGGCACGCCCAGGCCUUUAUCGCAUUAUGUGCUACAGAUUGCAAAUUUAUGAUGUACCCCCCAUCAAUGAUCGCCGCCGGGAGCUUGGGCGCUGCAGUUCACGGCCUGUUCAGUGCGUCAGAACCACAAGAUGUGAAAUUCUUAGAAAAACUCGUCCUAAUAACAGGCAUAGAAGUGGAUUGUUUGCGGUAUUGUCAAGAGCAAAUAGAGCAGUGUUUUGCAAAUAAUUUGUCUACGGUUCAAGAAGCCCCAGAAACUCCGACAAAGUCCGACCCGUUAAAUGGCCAGCCGACGACACCCACAGACGUGAGGGACAUAAAUUUAUAUGACCAACCCGGCGUUUGUUGUUGAGCAAAGUCGGAAUCCGAUGUCUGGGUGAUUCCCCGCCCCCAACCUAAGCGGUUCAGGACUGCAACCCCCACCGCAAUAAGCCAGUGCUCCCCCAACAGGAACCUCCCGGGAACCUGGUGACGACCUGCCACGUCGCCCAUGACUUCGCAAGUGAUGUGAUACGCGACUUCGUGACGUCUUUGCUACCAAUUCUCGCCUCAGCCUGCCAUAAGUACGGACACUGCCAGCGACAUCUCAUGUCAUGUGACACUAUCACGUGACGCCGUCGCCUUAUUUAUGACAUUGCCAGAAGACACAUGAUCAUGUGACUUGGCAACACGUGACAAGUGACGUCAAGUCGCACUGCCUCGACCCGAGUUGUUUAUUUAUACGAGUCAUAUGUACCCGCUACCGUUUCAUCAUAUUCAUCGUCAUUUGCAACAGACUAAGCACAACCAUUGCCUCGAAUAUGAGCAAAGUACAUAAUUUAAUAUUUAUAUAUUACUGAUUUUGACUUAUCCGACUGUUCGACGACUUAAGUGUGUUAUAUUCGAUCACUAUGGUUUGAUUUGCUAAUAUUGUGAUACUAUUAUUCAAGUAUCGAUCAACUAAUACGAACUAUUGAGCAAUAUUGUGAGAGACAAAUGGAGUGACACCGUCAACAGCAGCCAUCAAUGCAAUAAAGGUCCCAUAACCUGAUGCCGGAUACCUGCAAAUUCUAUGAUUUAAUAUAAACACUUCUUACUCUACCUCUGUGUUAGACUUGGGUAUCUCUCCUUAUUAAACUUAUUAAAUUAAAUUAACUUAAACUCUAAUUCUACCUCACCCUCUGUAAUCUUGUUAGUUUACAUAAUUCAACACCGAUGUCUCGUGAUUGCUAAGAGAAGGAAAUACGUUAAUAUUAUUUGUGGUAUCGAUUGUAUAGCGGUCGUGAUUUUUCGUGUGGAAUUCCGCAUAUUUUCUUGCUGUGGAUUUGGUCCGAAAAAUGAAAUGUUAUUUUAAACGUACUACCCUAAGCUAAUAGUAACGAGUUUUUUUGAUUGAUCGUUUGUGUAGGUCGGUCAUAUGAUCGAUUUCAAGUGAUUUCCAUGAAAUAGCGACCGUGUAAUGUGUCUGCGCAUGUCCAGGAUACGGGCAAAUUGGGAAACUGCAAUUUGAUUGGGCGUUAACAAUACUGUACACGAUCAUGCUAAUAUACUUAAUUAUGUUUUACAAGUUCCUAAACUAUUAUCACUGCCAAGUUCAUCGUAGGAAUUUCUUUCUUGAAAAUUCUUUUAGGGUUCAUAAAUGAUCAUUAUUCAUUUUGUUAAGGACUAAAAGAAACGACAAGUGUACUGCAGUAUUGUGAUGCGUCCGAUAGAAAGGGUCUUUCAAGACAUAAAACACUGUGAUAAGUUUUACUAGCAUUUUGCCAACUCAUUUAUAAAUAAUUGUGAAUAUAGUCCUGACAAGCUAGGUGUGCACAUGCAAUAGAAUAAUUGGCCACGAUUUUGCUCCAUUGGACAGGACAUGCACAACAAUUGGUAAUAUUACAUUAAAAAUUAUUUAUGAAAUGUUUCAAAUUGUUCCUCCGUAAAGGGAGAUAACUCUCAUUUUCAACGAAGUCCUGUUCCUGAGUGGUCCACCCUUGGCUGAUUAUUGUGAUAAUGUAAAAUAUAGAUUUUAUAGUUGAGGGUCUAGCACCAGGGACACGAUUUUUGUUUCUGAUUUCCAAAUUAUUAAUUACACGAACUUGUUAACUGGUUUAUUGCUUUGUAAUAAGUCUGUGCAUAGUGCUUUCUUGGGUCAAUAGUUUGACUUGUUAAAGUUUGUUUGUCUCCUUGACAAUUAUCGUUGUAAAUAACGAACUUCGCCGAUUCUGCUGUCUCACAGCUGUUAAUAAUAUUCACACAGUGAAGUCUCGAAUGGUGUGUAUGGUUUCCUCGCGAAUGUCGGGUUCUACCGAAGUUGACCGAAGAGGUUUGUUACCUCAGCUCGUUGAUGAAUGUAAGAAGGGUGUUAAGACAAUGGUUACUCAGUUGUUUCUGAUUGUAUGGAAGAAUGUUUCAAGUUGGACGACAGUCCUCCCAUUUUGUUACGAGUGAAGAACUGCAUAAACUUGUCCUGUGGAUUGUAUUGUGUGUACAUAAAGGAACUGUUGAUGAAUAAAAUAUAACAUUGAACCUAA